UAGAAGUGCGAGCUUCCACUCCCUAUUGACCUGCGCAACCUCACUCACAUCCCACCGUCCCCAUCGCCGCUACUGUUCCGCUCUGAUCAUGGCGGAACACCACCACAAGAAGAAACGCGCAUACGCACAGCAAGCGUAUGAAUUCGGCGCCAAUGCGGUUCCCCCCGCGGGAGGAGCUCCCGCUCCAUUGAUGCCCGGUGAAGCAUUCGGACAGGGCAUUCCUGCGCCAGACAACUUGGCUGGCCAGUUUGGGCAGAUGAACUUAGGCCCCCAGCAGCCAGGAUACCAGCAGCCCGGUUAUCAGCAGCCCGGUUACCAGCAACCCAUUCCCCAGCAAGUUCAGCCUCAAGCUCCAGCUGCUGCGGCGCACUUGAACCAGCUGUUUCCCUCGGACCUAAUUCAACAACCAUUCAACGUUCUUGAAUUGGACCAGCCACCACCUCCGAUCAACCUGCCCGUGAACACGUCGGUCACCCCCUCCCCGUACGCCAAUUGCCCUCCGAAAUACAUCCGAUCGACGUUGAAUACAGUCCCUACAACGCAUUCACUGCUCAAGAAAAGCAAGCUUCCAUACGCUCUUAUCAUCCAGCCAUAUGGAGCGCUUCGCGACAGCGAAGAAUCGGUUCCCGUCGUGACGGACCAGGUUAUUUCGAGGUGUAGGCGUUGUAGGGCGUACAUCAAUCCCUUCGUGACCUUUUUGGAUCAUGGGCACCGAUGGAGAUGCAAUAUGUGCAAUCUCACGAACGAUGUCCCACAAGCCUUUGACUGGGAUGCCUCAGCACAGAAAAGCGUCGAUAGAUGGCAAAGACCGGAGUUGAACUAUGCAGUGGUUGAGUUCCUGGCGCCCCAAGAAUACAUGGUCCGGCCUCCUCAGCCACUGGUUUACCUCUUCCUAUUCGACGCCAGCUAUGCUGCUGUGUCCAGCGGCCUUCUUGCCACCAGCGCGAGGUGCAUCUUGGAGAAUCUUGACAGAAUACCAAAUGCGGAUCGUCGAACUCGGUUGGGUUUCAUGGCAGUUGAUUCCAGUUUGCAUUACUUCUCUAUCAAACGCGAUGGCAGCGAGAAUAAUGAUGUCUCAUGCUUGGUUGUAAGCGACAUUGACGAUGAGCCUUUCCUUCCACAACCGUCCGAUUUGCUGGUCAAUCUGUCAGAAUGCCGAGCGAAUAUCGAAUCAUUUCUAGACAAGCUUCAGUCGAUGUUCCAAGAUACCCCUAACACCGCAUCUGCAAUGGGUUCAGCACUCAGAGCGGGUCACAAGCUUAUCUCCCCAGUCGGCGGCAAGAUCACUGUGCUCUCGGCCUCCCUUCCCAACGUAGGUACUGGCAAGCUGGAAAUGAGAGAGGACAAGAAGCUGCUGGGUACUUCCGGGGAGUCGAAGCUUUUGCAGACCGCCAAUAGCUUUUAUAAGAGCUUCGCAGUCGAGUGCUCCAAGAACCAGGUCUCCAUCGACAUGUUCCUCUUUUCGUCACAAUACCAGGAUGUUGCGACCUUAAGCAACCUGCCAAGAUAUACGGGUGGACAAACCUAUUUCUAUCCUGGUUGGAACGCGUCACGUGUCGAGGACGCCGUCAAGUUCGCUCGCGAGUUCAGCGAGUAUUUGUCCGCCGAGAUCGGUCUUGAGGCUGUUCUCCGUGUCCGUGCAACCACUGGACUGCGCAUGAAUGCCUUCUAUGGCAACUUUUUCAACCGAAGCUCCGACUUGUGCGCGUUUCCUGCCUUUCCUCGCGACCAAGCUUAUGUCGUGGAAGUCGCGAUUGAUGAGACGAUUUCGAAACCAUACGUCUGUUUACAGGCUGCUGUUUUACACACGACAUGCAAUGGUGAACGAAGGAUAAGAGUUCUCACUCUAGCGCUCCCCACGACAGAAAGCCUAGCAAACGUCUAUGCUUCGGCUGAUGCCCAAGCCAUCACUACCUAUUUCUCGCACAAAGCCGUCGAGCGCGCAUUCGGAUCCGGGCUUGACGCAGCUCGUGACGCCCUCCAAGGUAAGGUCAUUGAGAUUCUGCAGACUUAUCGCAAGGAGCUUGCUGGAGGCGGCUCUGGUGCGCUGUCCUUGCCGCAGAAUCUUCGGGCCUUGCCGGUCCUGUUCCUAGGUCUUAUCAAGAAUAUUGGCUUGCGCAAGUCGGCGCAAAUCCCGAGCGACCUUAGGUCGGCGGCCCUCUGCUUGCUAAGUACUUUGCCGCUGCCGCUGAUGAUGCAGUAUAUUUAUCCCCGCUUUUACUCAUUGCACGAUAUGCCCGACGCCGCCGGUGUCCCCGACCCCACAACGGGAGAAAUCGUCCUUCCCGCGCCCAUCAACCUUUCUUCUGAACGCAUCGUCCCUUAUGGCCUCUACCUGAUCGACGACGGCGUCAACCAGUUCCUCUGGGUAGGGCGGGACGCCGUGCCGGCCCUCCUCCUCGACGUUUUCGGCACCGAGGACCGCACGCAGGUCAAGCAGGGGAAGACGAGUAUGCCCGUCAUCGACAACGAUUUCAACGAGCGCGUCCGUGGCGUCAUUGAGAAGUCCAAGGAUCAUAGAAGCAGGGGCGUGGGGUCGAUUGCGUACCCGACGCUGUACGUGGUUCGCGAGGAUGGGGAUCCAAGCCUCAAGCUUUGGGCGCAGACGCUGCUGGUUGAGGACCGUGCGGACCAGGGGGUCAGUUUGCAGCAGUGGAUGGGACUGUUGCGGGAGAAGGUUGUGCAGUAAGCGUUUACGGUUUGCAAGGCUUGGGGUGCGGCGGUCGAAGAUCGCUUCCUUGUUCCGGAGCGUCGUGGGUUGUUUAGCGAGUAGCCGAACGGUUGAAGGAAGAAAGGGAGGGAGUGUGAGGUGGG